AUGCGCUGGGGCUAUCUAAUACUACUCGAGGAAGGCCGACUCCGAUGCUUGAAGCUGCUCCUCGACCCGGAUCAAGCCGUGCCAAGUUAUGCCUCUUUGCCGGCCACCCAGCGUAUCCUGUCGGCGUCCGGAAAGACGGUGGGUAUGGCGGUGGCAGACCUGCUGCGUGCUAUCCAUGGCCACGCCAAAGAAAUCAUGUGUCGUCGUUACGGAGACCAUUUCGUCAACACAACCAGAAUCAAGCUUGUCUGCACUGUGCCUGCGGUAUGGUCCGAUACAGCAAAGAACGCCACUUUUAAGGCUGCUGAAGCUGCUGGAAUGAAGGACAUCGUUCUGGUCUCGGAGCCGGAAGCUGGUGCACUUUGUACCUUGCAAGCCAUACAGCCAAAUCACCUCAAGGAGGAAGUCGCCCAAGGCGACGGCGCCUUCUGCGGCGCGGCCUUCCUGAACGCUCGCUUCGAGAAUCUCAUUGAGACCAAACUUGGGCCUGCCAAGUUCCAGCAUAUUCAAGCGUCUAAGCCUAAGACUUGGCUCAUGGCCUUAAACAUCAAUAUGAUCGGUACCAUUGACCAUCAGGAGGUCGACGGCGUGAAGUUGAAGUCGCAGGCCAAGCCGCAAGAGACAUCAUCUACUACCACGAGCAACAUGAACGGCACGAAUGGCAGCAUCGAUGACGAGCAUUUCGAAGACUCUUCCAGAGCCCUCGAGCUCUUGUCUUCCUACCCAGCCAAGGACGGCAUCUCCGUCCACGAACUCAUGGACGAGACCCGCAUGGGCGGUCUGACUUACAACGACUUCCUUCUCCUCCCAGGCCAUAUCGGCUUCCCUGCCUCGAUAGUCGAUCUCACCUCGAAGUUGACCAAGAAGAUCACACUCAAGACUCCCUUCACCUCGAGUCCCAUGGACACAGUCACGGAGAGCAAUAUGGCUAUACAUAUGGCGCUGCUUGGAGGUGUGGGAGUGGUCCAUCACAAUUGCAGUGUGGAGGAGCAGAGUGAGAUGAUUAGGAAGGUCAAGAGGUUUGAGAAUGGUUUCAUCACAGAUCCUAUUGUCAUCUCGCCGAGCACGACUGUCGCGGAAGCGAGGGCGUUGAAGGAUCAUUGGGGCUUCGGAGGCUUCCCUGUAACCGAGGAUGGCACACUUCGCAGCAAGCUUAUUGGAAUCGUCACACCACGAGAUACCCAGUUUCACAGCAACCCAGAUUCACCCGUGACUGAGAUUAUGUCCACCGACCUCGUCACCGCCCGCGAGGGUGUGACCCUGACCGAAGCCAACGACAUCCUCAGCAAAUCCAAGAAAGGUAAAUUGCCACUUGUAGACGCCCAAGGCAACCUCGUCUCGCUCCUUAGCCGGAGUGAUCUCAUGAAGAACUUGCACUACCCACUCGCCUCGAAAGUCCCAGGCACGAAACAACUCCUCUCCGCUGCCGCCAUCGGCACGCGAGAGAACGAUAAAGAGCGUCUCACGGCUCUCGUAGAAGCAGGUCUCGACAUCGUAAUCCUAGACAGCAGUCAAGGCAACAGCAUCUACCAACUCGAAAUGGUCAAAUGGAUCAAGAAGACCUUCACGAAACUCGAAGUCAUUGGAGGCAACGUCGUCACACGUGACCAAGCAGCUUCUCUCAUCGCCGCCGGUGUCGACGGCUUAAGGAUAGGUAUGGGUGCCGGCUCAGCCUGCAUCACACAAGAAGUCAUGGCUGUUGGACGUCCACAGGCAACAGCUGUAUUCAAAGUCUGCGAGUUCGCGGCCAAGUUCGGCGUACCAUGUAUUGCGGACGGUGGUAUUCAGAAUGUGGGACAUAUUGUCAAAGCUAUCGCUCUUGGAGCGAGUACGGUCAUGAUGGGCGGACUCCUCGCUGCUUGCACGGAGUCACCUGGUGCGUACGUUGUCGGACCGGAUGGCCAACUGCGAAAGUCUUACCGCGGCAUGGGCUCGAUCGAUGCAAUGGAAGACCGUAAAGCUUCUGGGCCCUCGACGGGCAAGAGCACCAACUCCGCCGCCCUCAAGGCAGCAAAUAACGCCAAGAACGCCGGCACGGCACGCUAUUUCUCGGAGGGCGACAAAGUGCUCGUCGCACAGGGUGUCAGCGGGAGUGUGUUGGAUCGGGGAAGUAUCACGAAGUUCGUUCCUUAUCUUAUGGCGGGCGUGCAACACAGUCUGCAGGAUAUCGGGAUCAAGAGCGUAAUGGGUUUGCAGACGGGUGUGAGGGAUGGGGAGGUGAGGUUUGAGUUCCGGACAGCGAGUGCGCAGGCGGAAGGCGGAAUUCAAGGGAUGUUGGGGGUGGAGACGAAGUUGUAUUCUUAG